GCCGCGGAGGCAACAUGCUCCGUCCCAGUCAAUUAUUGCUUUUGGUGACAUUGUACUUGAACCUUGGCCACCCUGAGGGUCUCCCGAUAGCCAAUGAAACGCAAAGGGAAGUGCUUCGAAAGCUGUAUCACAAACUGAGGGUGGACGUGGAGGACUUUGGCAUAGCCUUGAACUUCACCGACCACAUCCGUACCGAUGAAAACGAAAGCGCAAAUCACGAGGGGACCAAUAGUGGGUGGUCGUUCAGGAGCGUUGUGGAUUCAAUAAUCGGAAAGGAAAAAAUCGAGGAUCAGCACAAAGAGCAGACGACUGAAAAAACGCCAGCGGAGAAUAAACACCUAGUUUCUGACACAAUCAACGACAUUAUCAAUAAUUUGAACGAAGUUCGUGAUAUUGUGGUUGGGAACAAUUGUUCUGAAAAUGGUCAGCAAGGAGAAAAUAAUUCGGUCACUCUAUUGGAAGUUCCAAACAAAGCAGGGCAAAUUUUGGAAAUUGAAAAUAUGGAAAGGAGAGAAGAAGAAGCUGAUAGAAAUCAAAAUUUGCCCGUUUUUGAGAAAAGUAGCGAAUCUUCAGAAAACGUUCAGCAGCUUAGUGCUUCAAGUGAGACAAACGAGCAAAACUUUAAUGAGGUGAUUUCAACGACCGAAAGUGAAAGUGUGGCAGGGGAUAACAGCGCAGCCGUUGAUAUUGUCAUCAAUGAAAAUGUACCUAAAAGAGGCUCGGAGGAAAAUAACGUGGAAGUAGAGCAAGAUACAACUGAAAGUACGUCUGUGACAACUGAAGCACAAGUUGAAUCUGAGACUGAACAAAAUUAUAACGAAGAGGAAGAAAGUGAAAUCGAAGUGACCACUACCGAGUGGCCCUUCAGGGCAAGUUUUCGUGAAAUAGGCGCACAGUUGGGCUUGCUGAAAAUCUCAUCUAGGCCUAUUGAAGAAAACCAACCAGAUAGAGGCUUCACUACAGAGAGCAGUGUUACGACUGCAAUUUACGGUUUGGUUGAAAAAAUUAAAAGUUCUCUCAGCUUUAAUAAUGGAGAAGACGAGGAAGGAGAUAAAAAAGAAGCUGAAAAAAUUGAAAUUGAAAAUACAAGUGGCGAAAAAUCUGCACGUGCUGGUAGUGGAGAUGAAUCGACAGAGACCAAUGAAAACAGCGAGAGUGAAGCGGAUGGACAAAUCAAUGCUCCCGAGUAUGCCACUACAGAGUCAAGCGCGCACCCCCAACACACUGAAAGUAAAAGUGAUGAAGAUGAGAUUGAAACAACAACUAUAGAGUUAGAAGUUACAACUUUCCCAAAGGAAAUAGAGAGUGCAAAUUUCGCUGCCAGUUUCGAGAAAAUAACGCCCGAAAGCAAAGAAAACAAAGAAACGUUACCCAAGAUUUUGGAUUAUACGCCCGAAAGAGUUUUUGAAGAAAAAAAAGAGGGAACUGAAGAGUUAUCCAUUGAAAAGGCUGCGAAGGAGAGCGAAAGCGAAAUUCAAGAGCAUAAUGAAAUGAACCAGGAAAAAGCGCUCGAAAAUAAUGCUCAGCUAUCUGAAACACGAGAAAAUGAUGCAGAAAAUAGCACGCCGAUACCAAGGGUGGGUGCAAAAGAAACUUCAUUGGCAGAAGAAAAUUCAAGUAAAACAUCAGAGACUACAAUUCACCCACAAGCAAUUGUCAAGAUUGAUAUAUUGAGUGGUGAAAUAAUUACUGAAGAGCCUGAAAGCAGUACAACAACAGAAAUUAAUGCUGAGGAAAAAGGUAAUAUUAGUGAGAGUGGGAACACGACCGAGGGUCCAACGAGUGCAGAAGAGACGGAGGAAAUUUUUGACGGGAAAAAUGAAUAUGAUUUGCAAAUAACUACAACUGAAAAUAGUUUGAGUGAAGAAGCAACAACGCCUGUGCCAACUAUCAUAAUUAAGAGUGACGGAAAAAAAAUUGAUAACAAAAACAGAAUUCAAACUUUUUCUGCUGACUCGGAAAGUGAAAGCAAAGAGAGCCAGGAGAAUGAAGUUCUCGUUACAACAGAGGCAAUUCCCACAUUAAGCGGGCAAAAAACUUUAGCUUUGGAAAAUUCUGAGGAAGAGUUGGAAAAUAAUAAUUCAAGUUUGGAAACUAUCCAGGAAGAAACUGAAAGUGAGUUGGAAAAGUUAAAUAAAACAGAGAGUUAUUCCGGUGAAAUUCUCACGCCUGAUAUAAUUUUUGCUGAAAGGGAGCGAGUUGCUUUGGAGGAGUCAAAUUUGACUGAAACUGAUGACGAGCAAAAGGAAAUUAAGAGCGUAGAAAAAUCAGAAGGCAGGGAUACGAAUGACGAUUUGAUAUUAUUAAUAGGACAUCGUGACACCCAAAUGGAAAAUAAUAUACCAGGAACCACAGCAGCACCAAAUUCAAAUGUUCCUGGAGCUGAAGAAGAUCAAUCGUUGGACCUGAAUAAUCGGCGCAUAAUUACACACUCUGAAGAAAUUGAGUACUUGGAAAAGACGCAGACUGUUGAAAAGGGCCAAACAGGUGCUACAGAUUACGAUUAUGAGCCAGACGGUGAGGACGAAGAAGGCAAAGGUGGUCUUGGCGGAAUUAUUUCAAGAGUAGAGACCGUUUCGGAAAGAGUGAAAGAUGUUUUUGAAGAGCUGCUGGAAAAACAAAAAGCAGUAAAAAAUAGCAAAGGCGAGUCGGAGACCGAUGAAGGAAAAUCAGAAGCAGGAACUGUUUUUGCCCAAGUGACUGACUGGAUAGAGAAAAAGUUGGAAAAGCCAGAGGAAAAUGGCACGGAAAUUAAUGAAAGUGGCUCCGAGGAGAAAGAAAUUUUUGGCGGGAUUAUUUCUGAAGUCUCUGUCACGGGCGAAAAGGUAAAAAGUGCCAUUGAUGAGCUUUUAGACCUGAAAAAAGUUGUUGAGGCAGAAAAAACUGAUAAUGAGCAAACAGAAAGUGGAGAGGAAAACAAUGAAGAGGAUAAACAAGAAAAUGAGGCGGCCACUGAAUAUUCAAAUUGGUUCAGGGAAAUAACAGAAACCGUGAAAGCUGAAAUCGAUCAAUUAAGGGAGCACGAGGAAAGCAGAGAAGAGGCAAAUAAUAGAAAGGAUGAAAAUGUUUUGGUCUCCAAUCUUGAAACGCCUGGAAACGCUAAAGAAAUUGAAGGAAUGUAUGAAGAUCGCAAAGAAAAAACGUCAUCAGAAACGGGAUCUGCUUUUGGCGGGAUUGCGACCUGGUUGGAGAAAAAAUUGGAAAAGACGGACAAAGAUAUAACGGAGAGUAAAGAAAGUGGCUCGCAGGAGAAAGAAAUUUUUGGCGGAAUUAUUUCUGAAGUUGCAAACACCGGUGAAAAGGUUAAGAGCGCCAUUGAUGAGCUUUUAGAUUUGAAAAAAGCGGCUGAAAAAGAAAGUGAGGAAAAGAAAGAGGGUGUAAAACAAGAGAAUGAAGCAGCCACUGAGUAUUCAAAUUGGUUCAGAGAAAUUACAGAAACAGUAAAUGCCGAAAUAGCAGAUAAUUCAAAGGAGCACGUCAGCAGGGAAGAUAAAGACGAAAAUAUUUUAGUGUCAAAUCUUGAAACACCUGAGAGAGAAAAUGAAGAAAAAGACAUCCGUGAAGAAAUAAUUGGUGAGCAAGAAAAUGAGGGGCCAUCUAUUGUGAUUGAAACAAAUAAUACAGCAUCUGCAGAUGAAAAGAUUUCAUCCUGGCACGAAAGAAAGCCUGAAGAGGAAGUUAAAAACAAUCAAAAGAAUAAAUCUGAAGAAAAUGGAAUUUUGGGAGGAAUAAUUUCGGCGGCAGAGAGAGCUUACGAAAAAGGAAAGGAAACUGUGGUCGAACUUUUAAAUUCAAAGGAAUCAGAGGGAAAUGAUCGAAUUAAGUCGGAAGAAAUUGAGAAGGAAGUAUCAGAUGAAAAAAUUAUUAAUGGAGAGCAAAAGAGUCAAGAACAAGAAAAUGAAAUGCCGAUAAUCGUUCCUACCUUUUCAAUAACGAGCAAAUCCGAAGAAGUAGAAGAGACGCAGGUUGAAAAUACAGAUGCAAAUGCAGUGCGAAAUCCAGGAGUUGAUAAUUUUAGAGAAAUGGAAAUUUUGCCUUCAACAGCCAACGCGCAAAAUGAAGCUGAAAAGGAAAGAAAUAAUAACGACGAAGAAAAAAUUGUCAUUGAUUUUGUUUCUAAACCAAGCAAAUCCGAGUCAUCAGAAAUUUUGGCCGCUUCUGACAAUUUCGCAAAUUCCGAAUCGAGCUCUAAGAAUGCUUUGGGAGAAAUUAUUAUCACAGGAAAAUCUGAUUCUGCAGAAAAACGGGAGAGCGGAGAGGAUGAAAUUGUAAUUGUCCCAGCAGUGGUACAAAAUGAACACGAGGCUGCAGCGAAAAAGGGAGAAGAUGAGUUGGAAAAAGGUCCUGGACUAACAGAUCUUACCUUUGGAAUGAAGGGUGGUGGCACCAAUGAAGUGGAGCACACCGUUCCCGACUAUGAUGACUAUGAAUCUGUUAUUGCAGCGAAACCAGAUGAGACGGAGGGAAAAGAACAGGAAGAGCAAAAUUCAAGCAAGGAAGGAGUAGGGUUGGGCGAAGUGACCAAAUUUGAGGUGCCAAGCAGAGGAGGAGCUAUUGAAGAGACUGAAAAUAUUAAAUACGAGCAUAAUUUGGGCAGCAACUUAAUUUCCCCUGGAGCAGAUAACGUGGAGCCCUCGAUGCUUAGCAUGAAGCAGUUUCACGAUAACAAGGGCAACCCUGAGCCCAGGGUUAACGUGACGUUUAAUGCGCCCAAAGAAAAAGGAGUAUACGACAUGUACAUUGACCGCAAAGGCCGACGGUGCAGCGAAUUCACAGAAUUGCCGCUGGAUGUUGAGUACCUCAGAGAGGUUUUCGUGAAUUCUGGCUUUUCGAACUUCCAAUUGCCCUCCUUGGGUGUGAAUCUUAACGAGCUGGCAGACAAGGCCGUCUUCUUCAAGGACCUUGACGACAAUUCAAUACUUUGCGGCACCCUAACCAUCAACCACCGCUGAUUUUAGUCAUUUCACAUUUUGCUUAAAAGUAGCUCAUAAUACGUCAACAAAGAUUCAUUUUACUGCUUAACAUUGAUUUCUUUCUGUCUACAUAAUCUUCUAUUCUAAGUGAUUUUAGCAGUUUAACUCAAAGCUAAUUUAACUCUAUUUGAACUCCAACUGAAAUGAAUUGUAAAUAAAUCAAUAUAAUAGAAACUUUUAUGAAUUGCAGCUUAUAACUUAGGACUAUCCCAAUUUAAUGUAAACGCGCAAUUUCUUAAUACAAAUUUAUUAAACCGUAACUUUUUGGCAUUGAAGGAAUUUAUGACAAGAAAUAUUAUGCAUAUAAAUCUCAAAGACAAACUGAUUCACACAUUUACGUAAAUAAGGCUUAUUAUUAAAAUGCGGUUGAUAUACAUGUAACUAUUUCAUACUGCGUGGCACUGAUUUCAUUUUUCUUAAAAUUUGCAAGUCCAUAUGACUAAAAAGCGGAAGACGUUCUCUCACAGCAAAGCACACGACGACUGCUUGUUGGGCUUUGUCUUGGUUGCCGCUCGCACCGCAGACUCGAAGACUGUUGUCAGGUUUUCGCCGCUCUUGGCCGAGCACUCGACCACGGUCACUGCCUUGAUUCGUUUGCACAGUCUGCGACCUUCCUGCACGGAGACGACAGCCGCGUCUGAGCCCUGAGUGGGGUCGCUCCUCAAGUCCACCUU